AUGUGGCGCCCGAGGUCACACCGCAGAGGAGUGGCGCCCGAGUCACCACCGCCAGGAGGAGUGGCGCCCGAGUCACACCAUCAGAGGAGUGGCGCCCGAGUCACAACCACAGAGGAGUGGCGCCGAGUCCACACCACAGAGGAGUGCGCGCCCGAGUCCACACACAGAGGAGUUGCGCCCCGCCCGAAGUCACACCACAGAGGAGUGGCGCCCGAGUCACACCACAGAGGAGUGGCGCCCGAGUUCACACCACAGAGGAGUGGCGCCCGAGUCACACAGCAGAGGAGUGGCGCCCGAGUCACACCACAGAGGAGUGGCGCCCGAGUACACCACAGAGGAGUGGCGCCCGAGUCACACCACAGAGGAGUAGGGCGCCCGAGGCACACCACAGAGGAGUGGCGCCCUAGUCACACCACAGAGGAGUUGGCGCCCGAGUCACACCACAGAGUCACACCACAGAGGAGUGGCGCCCGAGUCACACCACAGAGGAGUGGCCGCCCGAGUCACACCGCAGAGGAGAGUGGCGCCGAGUCACAACCGCAGAGGAGUGGCGCCCGAGUCACACCAUCAGAGGAGUGGCGCCCGAGUCACACCACAGAGGGAGUGGCGCCCGAGUCACACCACAGAGGAAUGGCGCCCGAAGUCACACCACAGAGGAGUGGCGCCCGAGUCACACCACAGAGGAGUGGCGCCCGAAGUCACACCACAGAGGAGUGGCGCCCGAGUCACACCACAGAGGAGUGGCGCCCUGAGUCACACCACAGAGGAGUGCGCCCCGAGUCACACUCACAGAGGAGUGGGCGCCCGAGUCAACACCACAGAGGAGUGGCGCCGAGUCACACCACAGAGGAGUGGCCCGAGUCACACCACAGAGGAGUGGCGCCCGAGUCACACCACAGAGAGUGGCGCCCGAGUCACACCACAGAGGAGUGGCGCCCGAGUCACACCACAGAGGAUAGUGGCGCCCGAGUCACCCCAUCAGAGGAGUGGCGCCGAGUCACACCACAGAGGAGUGGCGCCCGAGUCCACACCACAGAGGAGUGGCGCCCGAGUCACACCACAGAGGGUGGCGCCCGAGUACACCCCAGAGGAGUGCGCGCCCGAAAGGGUCACACCACAGAGGAGUGGCGCCCGGUCACACCACAGAGGAGUGGCGCCCCGAAGUCACACCACAGAGGAGUGGCGCCGAGUCACACCCACAGAGGAGUGGCGCCCGAGUCACACCACAGAGGAGUGGCGCCCCGAGUCACACCACAGAGGAGUGGCGCCCGAGUCACACCACAGAGGAGUGGCGCCCGAGUCACACCACAGAGGAGUGGCGCCCGAGUCACACCACAGAGGAGUGGCGCCCGUAGGUCACACCACAGAGCGUGGCGCCCGAGUCACAGCCCAGAGGAGUGGCGCCGAGUCACACCACAAGGAGUGGCGCCCGAGUCACCCCACAGAGGAGUGGCGCCCGAGUCACACCACAGAGGAGUGGCGCACCGAGUCACACCACAGAGGAGUGGCGCACCGAGUCACACCACAGAGGAGUGGCGCCCAGAGUCCACACCACAGAGGAGUGGCGCCCGAGUCACACCACAGAGAGUGGCGCCCGAGUCACACCACAGAGGAGUGUCGCCCGAGUCACACCACAGAGGAGUGGCGCCCGAGUCACACACAGAUGAGUGGCGCCCGAGUCACACCACAGAGGAGUGGCGCCCGAGUCACACCACAGAGGAUGUGCGCCCGAAGUCACACCACAGAGGAGUGGCGCCCGAGUCACACCACAGAGGAGUGGCGCCCGAGUCAACCACAGAGGAGUGGCGCCCGAGUCACACACAGAAGUGGCGCCGAGUCACACCACAGAGGAGUGGCGCCGAGUCACACCACAGAGGAGUGGCGCCGAGUCACACCCAGAGGAGUGGCGCCCGAGUCACACCACAGAGGAGUGGCGCCCGAGUCACACACACGAGGAGUGGCGCCCGAGUCACACCACAGAGGAGUGCGCCCGACGUCACAACCAGAGUGGCGCCCGAGUCACACCACAGAGGAGUGGCGCCCGAGGUCACACCACAGAGGAGUGGCGCCCGAGUCACACCACAGAGGAGUGGCGCCCGGAGUCACACCACAGAGGGAGUGGCGCCCGAGUCACACCACAGAGGAGUGGCGCCCGAGUCAACACAGAGGAGCUGGCGCCCGAGUCACACCCACAGAGGAGUGGCGCCCGAGUCACACCACAGAGGAGUGGCGCCCGAGUCACACCCAGAGGGUGGCGCCCGAGUCACACCACAGAGGAGCGGGCGCCCGAGUCACACCACAGAGGAGUGGCGCCCGAGUCACACCACAGAGGAGUGGCGCCCGAGUCACACCACAGAUGAGUGGACGGCCCGAGUCACACACAGAGGAAGUGGCGCCCGAUGUCAACACACAGAGGAGUGGCGCCCGAGUCACACCACAGAGGAGUGGCGCCCGAGUCACACCACAGAGGAGUGGCGCCCGAGUCACACACAGAGGAGUGGCGCCCCGAGUCACACCACAGAGGAAGUGGCGCCCGAAGUCACACCACAGAGGAGUGGGCGCCCGAGUCCGAGUCACACCACAGAUGGAGUGGCGCCCGAGUCACACCACAGAGGAGUGGCGCCCGAGUCACACCACAGAGGAGUGGCGCCCGAGUCACACCAACAGAGGAGUGGCGCCCGGAGUCACACCACAGAGGAGUGGCGCCCGAGUCACACCACAGAGGAGUGGCGCUCCCGAGUCACACCACAGAGGAGUGGCGCCCUAGUCACACCACAGAGAGUUUGGCGCCCGAGUCACACCACAGAGGAGUGGCGCCCGAGUCACACCACAGAGGAGGUGUCGCCCGAGUCACACCACAGAGGAGUGGCGCUCCGAGCACACACAGAGGAGUGGCCGCCCGAGUCACACCACAGAGGAGUGGCGCCCGAGUCACACCACAGAGGAGUGGCGCCCGAGUCACACCACAGAGGAGUGGCGCCCGAGUCACACCACAGAGGAGUUGGCGCCCGAGUCACACCACAGAGGAGUGGCGCCCGAGUCACACACAGAGGAGUGGCGCCCGAGUCACACCACAGGGAGUGGCGCCCGAGUCACACCACAGAGGAUGUGGCGCCCGAGUCACACCACAGAGGAGUGGCGCCCGAGUCACACCACAGAGGAGUGGCGCCCGAGUCACACACAGAGGAGUGGCGCCCGAGUCACACCACAGAGGAGUGGCGCCCGAGUCACACCACAGAGGUAGUGGCGCCCGAGUCACACCACAGAGGAGUGGCGCCCGAGUCACACCACAGAGAGUGGCGCCCGAGUGGAGCCCGAGUCACACCACAGAGGAGUGGCGCCCGAGUCACACCACAGAGGAGUGCGCCCGCGUCACACCACAGAGGUGUGGCGCCCGAGUCACACCACAGAGGAGUGGCGCCCCGAGUCACACACAGAGGAGUGGCGCCUCGAGUCACACCACAGAGGAGUGGGCCCCGAGUCACACCACAGAGGAGUGGCGCCUCGAGUCACACACAGAGGAGUGGCGCCCGAGUCACACCACAGAGGAGUGCGCCCCGAGUCACACCACAGAGGAUGUGGCGCCCGAGUCACACCACAGAGGAGUGGCGCCCCGAGUCACACCACAGAGGAGUGGCGCCCCGAAGUCCACACACACAGAGGUGUGGCGCCCGAGUCACACCACAGAGGAGUGGCGCCCGACGUCACACCACAGAGGAGUGGCGCCCGAGUCACACCACAGAAGGCAGUGGCGCCCGAGUCACACCACAGAGGAGAGUGGCGCCCCGAGUCACACCACAGAGGAGUGGCGCCCGAGUCACACCACAGAGGAGUGGCGCCCGAGUCACACCACAGAGGAUGUGGCGCCCCGAGUCACACCCACAGGAUGAGUGGCGCCCGAGUCACACCACAGAGGAGUGGCGCCCCGAGUCACACCACAGAGGAGUGGCGCCCGAGUCACACCACAGAGGAGUGGCGCCCGAGUCACACCACAGAGGAGUGGCGCCCGAGUCACACCACAGAGGAGUGGCGCCCGAGUCACACCACAGAGGAGUGGCGCCCGAGUCACACCACAGAGGAGUGGCGCCCGAGUCACACCACAGAGGAGUGGCGCCCGAGUCACACCACAGAGGAGUGGCGCCCGAGUCACACCACAGAGGAGUGGCGCCCGAGUCACACCACAGAGGAGUGGCGCCCGAGUCACACCACAGAGGAGUGGCGCCCGAGUCACACCACAGAGGAGUGGCGCCCGAGUCACACCACAGAGGAGUGGCGCCCGAGUCACACCACAGAGGAGUGGCGCCCGAGUCACACACAGAGGAGUGGCGCCCGAGUCACACCACAGAGGAGUGGCGCCCGAGUCACACCACAGAGGAGUGGCGCCCGAGUCACACCACAGAGGAGUGGCGCCCGAGUCACACCACAGAGGAGUGGCGCCCGAGUCACACCACAGAGGAGUGGCGCCCGAGUCACACCACAGAGGAGUGGCGCCCGCGUCACACCACAGAGGAGUUGCGCCCGAGUCACACCACAGAGAGUGUGGCGCCCGAGUCACACCACAGAGAAUGGCGCCCGAGUCACACCACAGAGGAGUGGCGCCUCUCGAGUCACACCUCAGAGGAGUGGCGGCCCGCGUCACACCACAGAGGAGUGGCGCCCCGAAGUCACACCACAGAGGAGUGGCGCCCUAGUCACACCACAGAGGCGUGGCGCCCAGAGGUCACACCACAGAGGAGUGGCGCCCGAGUCACACCACAGAGGUGUGGCGCCGAGUCACACCACAGAGGAGUGGCGCCCGAGUCACACCACAGAGGUUUGGCGCCCGAGUCACACCACAGAGGAGUGGCGCCCGAGUCACACCACAGAGGUAGGUGCGCCCGAGUCACACCCACAGAAGAGUGGCACCCGAGGUCACACCACAGAGGAGUGGCGCCCGAGUCACACCACAGAGGAGUGGCGCCCGAGUCACACCACAGAGGAGUGGCGCCCGAGUCACACCACAGAGGAGUGUGCGCCCGAGUCACACCUACAGAGGUAGUGGCGCCCGAGUCACACCACAGAGGAGUGGCGCCAGAGUCACACCACAGAGGAGUGGCGCCUGAGUCACACCACAGAGGAGUGGCGCCCGAGUCACACCACAGAGGAGUGGCGCCCGAGUCACCCACAGAGGAGUGGCGCCUGGAGUCACAACCACAGAGGAGUGGCGCCGAGUCACACCACAGAGGAGGUGGCGCCCGAGUCACCCCACAGAGGAGUGGCGCCCGAGUCACACCACAGAGGAGUUGGCGCCCGAGUCACACCACAGAGGAGUGGCGCCCGAGUCACACCACAGAGGAGUGGCGCCCGAGUCACACCACAGAGGAGUGGCGCCCGAGUCACACCACAGAGGAGUGGCGCCCGAGUCACACCACAGAGGAGUGGCCGCCCGAGUCACACCACAGAGGAGUGGCGCCCGAGUCACACCACAGAGGAGUGGCGCCCGAGUCACACACAGAGGAGUUGGCGCCCGAGUCACACCACAGAGGAUGUGGCGCCCGAGUCACACCACAGAGGAGUGGCGCCCGAGUCACACCACAGAGGAGUGGCGCCCGAGUCACACCACAGAGGAGUGGCGCCCGAGUCACACACAGAGGAGUGGCGCCCGAGUCACACCACAGAGGAGUGGCGCCCGAGUCACACCACAGAGGAGUGGCGCCCGAGUCACACCACAGAGGAGUUGCGCCCGAGUCACACCACAGAGGAGUGGCGCCCGAGUCACACCACAGAGGAGUGGCGCCCGAGUCACACCACAGAGGAGUGGCGCCCGAGUCACACCACAGAGGAGUGGCGCCCGAGUCACACCACAGAGGAGUGGCGCCCGAGUCACACCACAGAGGAGUGGCGCCCGAGUCACACCACAGAGGAGUGGCGCCCGAGUCACACCACAGAGGAGUGGCGCCCGAGUCACACCACAGAGGAGUGGCGCCCGAGUCACACCACAGAGGAGUGGCGCCCGAGUCACACCACAGAGGAGUGGCGCCCGAGUCACACCACAGAGAGUGGCGCCCGAGUCACACCACAGAGGAGUGGCGCCCCGAGUCACACCACAGAGGAGUGGCGCCCGAGUCACACCACAGAGGAGUGGCGCCCGAGUCACACCACAGAGGAGUGGCGCCCGAGUCACACCACAGAGGAGUGGCGCCUGAGUCACACCACAGAGGAGUGGCGCCCGAGUCACACCACAGAGGAGUGGCGCCCGAGUCACACCACAGAGGAGUUGCGCCCGAGUCACACCACAGAGGGUGGCGCCCGAGUCACACCACAGAGGAGUGGCGCCCGAGUCACACCACAGAGGAGUUGCGCCCCGAGUCACACCACAGAGGAGUGGCGCCCGAGUCACACCACAGAGGAGUGGCGCCCGAGUCACACCACAGAGGAGUGGCGCCCGAGUCACACCACAGAGGAGUGGCGCCCGAGUCACACCACAGAGGAGUGGCGCCCGAGUCACACCACAGAGGAGUGGCGCCCGAGUCACACCACAGAGGAGUGGCGCCCGAGUCACACCACAGAGGAGUGGCGCCGAGUCACACCACAGAGGAGUGGCGCCCGAGUCACACCACAGAGGAGUUGGCGCCCGAGUCACACCACAGAGGAGUGGCGCCCGAGUCACACCACAGAGGAGUGGCGCCCGAGUCACACCACAGAGGAGUGGCGCCCGAGUCACACCACAGAGGAGUUGGCGCCCGAGUCACACCACAGAGGAGUGGCGCCCGAGUCCACACCACAGAGGAGUGUAAGGUUGCGCCCGAGUCACACCACAGAGGAGUGGCGCCCGAGUCACACCACAGAGGAGUGGCGCCCGAGUCACACCACAGAGGAGUGGCGCCCGACGUCACACCACAGAGGAGUGGCGCACGAGUCACACCACAGAGGAGUGGCGCCGAGUCACACCACAGAGGAGUGGCGCCCGAGUCACACCACAGAGGAGUGGCGCCCGAGUCACACCACAGAGGAGUGGCGCCCGAGUCACACCACAGAGGAGUGGCGCCCGAGUCACACCACAGAGGAGUGGCGCCCGAGUCACACCACAGAGGAGUGGCGCCCGAGUCACACCACAGAGGAGUGGCGCCCGAGUCACACCACAGAGGAGUGGCGCCCGAGUCACACCACAGAGGAGUGGCGCCCGAGUCACACCACAGAGGAGUGGCGCCCGAGUCACACCACAGAGGAAGUGGCGCCCGAGUCACACCACAGAGGAGUGGCGCCCGAGUCACACCACAGAGAGUGGCGCCCGAGUCACACCACAGAGGAGUGGCGCCCGAGUCACACCACAGAGGAGUGGCGCCCGAGUCACACCACAGAGGAGUGGCGCCCGAGUCACACCACAGAGGAGUGGCGCCCGAGUCACAACCACAGAGGAGUGGCGCCCGAGUCACACCACAGAGGAGUGGCGCCCGAGUCACACCACAGAGGAGUGGCGCCCGAGUCACACCACAGAGGAGUGGCGCCCGAGUCACACCACAGAGGAGUGGCGCCCGAGUCACACCACAGAGGAGUGGCGCCCGAGUCACACCACAGAGGAGUGGCGCCCGAUGUCACACCACAGAGGAGUGGCGCCCGAGUCACACCACAGAGGAGUGGCGCCCGAGUCACACCACAGAGGAGUGGCGCCCGAGUCACACACAGAGGAGUGGCGCCCGAGUCACACCACAGAGGAGUUGCGCCCGAGUCACACCACAGAGAGUUCACACCACAGAGGAGUGGCGCCCGAGUCACACCACAGAGGAGUGGCGCCCGAGUCACACCACAGAGGAGUGGCGCCCGAGUCACACCACAGAGGAGUGGCGCCCGAGUCACACCACAGAGGAGUGGCGCCCGAGUCACACCACAGAGGUAGUGGCGCCCGAGUCACACCACAGAGGAGUGGCGCCCGAGUCACACCACAGAGGAGUGGCGCCCGAGUCACACCACAGAGAGUGGCGCCCGAGUCACACCACAGAGGAGUGGCGCCCCGAGUCACACCACAGAGGAGUGGCGCCCGAGUCACACCACAGAGGAGUGGCGCCCGAGUCACACCACAGAGGAGUGGCGCCCGAGUCACACCACAGAGGAGUGGCGCCCGAGUCACACCACAGAGGAUUUGGCGCCCGAGUCACACCACAGAGGAGUGGCGCCCGAGUCACACCACAGAGGAGUGGCGCCCGAGUCACACCACAGAGGAGUGGCGCCCGAGUCACACCACAGAGGAGUGGCGCCCGAAGUCACACCACAGAGAGUGGCGCCCGAGUCACACCACAGAGGAGUGGCGCCCGAGUCACACCACAGAGGAGUGGCGCCCGAGUCACACAACAGGUGAAAGGAGUGGCGCCCGCGAGUCACACCACAGAGGAGUGGCGCCCGAGUCACACCACAGAGGAGUGGCGCACGAGUCACACACAGAGAGUGGCGCCCGAGUCACACACAGAGGAGUGGCGCCCGGUCCACACCACAGAGGAGUUGGCGCCAGAGUACACACAGAGGAGUGGGCGCCCGAGUCACACCACAGAGGAGUGGCGCCGAGUCACACCACAGAGGAGGUGGCGCCCGAGUCACACCACAGAGGAGUGGCGCCCGAGUCACACCACAGAGGAAGUGGCGCCCGACGUCACACCACAGAGGAGUGGCGCCCGAGUCACACCACAGAGGAGUGGCGCCCGAGGUCACACCACAGAGGAGUGGCGCCCGAGUCACACCACAGAGGAGUGGCGCCCGAGUCACACACAGAGGAGUGGCGCUCCGAGUCACACCACAGAGGAGUGGCGCCCGAGUCACACCACAGAGGAGUGGCGCCCGAGUCACACCACAGAGGAGUGGCGCCCGAGUCACACCACAGAGGAGUGGCGCCCGAGUCACACCACAGAGGAUGUGGCGCCCGAGUCACACCACAGAGGAGUGGCGCCCGAGGUCACACCACAGAGGAGUGGCGCCCGAGUCACACCACAGAGGAGUGGCGCCCGAGUCACACCACAGAGGAGUGGCGCCCGAGUCACACCACAGAGGAGUGGCGCCCGAGUCACACCACAGAGGAGUGGCGCCCGAGUCACACCACAGAGGAGUGGCGCCCGAGUCACACCACAGAGGAGUGGCGCCCGAGUCACACCACAGAGGAGUGGCGCCCGAGUCACACCACAGAGGAGUGGCGCCCGAGUCACACCACAGAGGAGUGGCGCCCGAGUCACAACCACAGAGGAGUGGCGCCCGAGUCACACCACAGAGGAGUGGCGCCCGAGUCACACCACAGAGGAGUGGCGCCCGAGUCACACCACAGAGGAGUGGCGCCCCGAGUCACACACAGAGGAGUGGCGCCCGAGUCACACCACAGAGGAGUGGCGCCCGAGUCACACCACAGAGGAGUGGCGCCCGAGUCACACACAGAGGAGUGGCGCCCGAGUCACACCACAGAGGAGUGGCCGCCCGAGUCACACCUACAGAGGAGUGGCGCCCGAGUCACACCACAGAGGAGUUGCGCCCGAGUCACACCACAGAGGUGUGGCGCCCGAGUCACACCACAGAGGAGUGGCGCCCGAGUCACACCACAGAGGAGUGGCGCCCGAGUCACACCACAGAGGAGUGGCGCCCGAGUCACACCACAGAGGAGUGGCGCCCGAGUCACACCACAGAGGAGUGGCGCCCGAGUCACACCACAGAGGAGUGGCGCCCGAGUCACACCACAGAGGAGUGGCGCCCGAGUCACACCACAGAGGAGUGGCGCCCGAGUCACACCACAGAGGAGUGGCGCCCGAGUCACACCACAGAGGAGUGGCGCCCGAGUCACACCACAGAGGAGUGGCGCCCGAGUCACACCACAGAGGAGUGGCGCCCGAGUCACACCACAGAGGAGUGGCGCCCGAGUCACACCACAGAGGAGUGGCGCCCGAGUCACACCACAGAGGAGUGGCGCCCGAGUCACACCACAGAGGAGUGGCGCCCGAGUCACACCACAGAGGAGUGGCGCCCGAGUCACACCACAGAGGAGUGGCGCCCGAGUCACACCACAGAGGAGUGGCGCCCGAGUCACACCACAGAGGAGUGGCGCCCGAGUCACACCACAGAGGAGUGGCGCCCGAGUCACACCACAGAGGAGUGGCGCCCGAGUCACACCACAGAGGAGUGGCGCCCGAGUCACACCACAGAGGAGUGGCGCCCGAGUCACACCACAGAGGAGUGGCGCCCGAGUCACACCACAGAGGAGUGGCGCCCGAGUCACACCACAGAGGAGUGGCGCCCGAGUCACACCACAGAGGAGUGGCGCCCGAGUCACACCACAGAGGAGUGGCGCCCGAGUCACACCACAGAGGAGUGGCGCCCGAGUCACACCACAGAGGAGUGGCGCCCGAGUCACACCACAGAGGAGUGGCGCCCGAGUCACACCACAGAGGAGUGGCGCCCGAGUCACACCACAGAGGAGUGGCGCCCGAGUCACACCACAGAGGAGUGGCGCCCGAGUCACACCACAGAGGAGUGGCGCCCGAGUCACACCACAGAGGAGUGGCGCCCGAGUCACACCACAGAGGAGUGGCGCCCGAGUCACACCACAGAGGAGUGGCGCCCGAGUCACACCACAGAGGAGUGGCGCCCGAGUCACACCACAGAGGAGUGGCGCCCGAGUCACACCACAGAGGAGUGGCGCCCGAGUCACACCACAGAGGAGUGGCGCCCGAGUCACACCACAGAGGAGUGGCGCCCGAGUCACACCACAGAGGAGUGGCGCCCGAGUCACACCACAGAGGAGUGGCGCCCGAGUCACACCACAGAGGAGUGGCGCCCGAGUCACACCACAGAGGAGUGGCGCCCCGAGUCACACCACAGAGGAGUGGCGCCCGAGUCACACCACAGAGGAGUGGCGCCCGAAGUCACACCACAGAGGAGUGGCGCCCGAGUCACACCACAGAGGAGUGGCGCCCGAGUCACACCACAGAGGAGUGGCGCCCGAGUCACACCCACAGAGGAGUGGCGCCCGAGUCACACCACAGAGGAGUGGCGCCCGAGUCACACCACAGAGGAGUGGCGCCCGAGUCACACCACAGAGGAGUGGCGCCCGAGUCACACCACAGAGGAGUGGCGCCCGAGUCACACCACAGAGGUGUGGCGCCCGAGUCACACCACAGAGGAGUGGCGCCCGAGUCACACCACAGAGGAGUGGCGCCCGAGUCACACCACAGAGGAGUGGCGCCCGAGUCACACCACAGAGGAGUGGCGCCCGAGUCACACCACAGAGGAGUGGCGCCCGAGUCACACCACAGAGGAGUGGCGCCCGAGUCACACCACAGAGGAGUGGCGCCCGAGUCACACCACAGAGGAGUGGCGCCCGAGUCACACCACAGAGGAGUGGCGCCCGAGUCACACCACAGAGGAGUGGCGCCGAGUCACACCACAGAGGAGUGGCGCCCGAGUCACACCACAGAGGAGUGGCGCCCGAGUCACACCACAGAGGAGUGGCGCCCGAGUCACACCACAGAGGAGUGGCGCCCGAGUCACACCACAGAGGAGUGGCGCCCGAGUCACACCACAGAGGAGUGGCGCCCGAGUCACACCACAGAGGAGUGGCGCCCGAGUCACACCACAGAGGAGUGGCGCCCGAGUCACACCACAGAGGAGUGGCGCCCGAGUCACACCACAGAGGAGUGGCGCCCGAGUCACACCACAGAGGAGUGGCGCCCGAGUCACACCACAGAGGAGUGGCGCCCGAGUCACACCACAGAGGAGUGGCGCCCGAGUCACACCACAGAGGAGUGGCGCCCGAGUCACACCACAGAGGAGUGGCGCCCGAGUCACACCACAGAGGAGUGGCGCCCGAGUCACACCACAGAGGAGUGGCGCCCGAGUCACACCACAGAGGAGUGGCGCCCGAGUCACACCACAGAGGAGUGGCGCCCGAGUCACACCACAGAGGAGUGGCGCCCGAGUCACACCACAGAGGUGUGGCGCCCGAGUCACACCACAGAGGAGUGGCGCCCGAGUCACACCACAGAGGAGUGGCGCCCGAGUCACACCACAGAGGAGUUGCGCCCGAGUCCACACCACAGAGGUGUGGCGCCCGAGUCACACCACAGAGGAGUGGCGCCCGAGUCACACCACAGAGGAGUGGUGCCCGAGUCACACACAGAGGAGUGGCGCCCGAGUCACACCACAGAGGAGUGGCGCCCGAGUCACACCUACAGAGGAGUGGCGCCCGAGUCACACCACAGAGGAGUUGCGCCCGAGUCACACCACAGAGAGGAGUGGCGCCCGAGUCACACCACAGAGGAGUGGCGGCCCGAGUCACACCACAGAGGAGUGGCGCCCGAGUCACACCACAGAGGAUUUGGCGCCCGAGUCACACCACAGAGGAGUAGUGGCGCCCGAGUCACACCACAGAGGAGUGGCGCCCGAGUCACACCACAGAGGAGUGGCGCCCGAGUCACACCACAGAGGUUUGAGGAGUGGCGCCCGAGUCACACCACAGAGGAGUGGCGCCCGAGUCACACCACAGAGGAGUGGCGCCCGAAGUCACACCACAGAGGAGUUGGCGCCCGAGUCACACCACAGAGGAGUGGCGCCCGAGUCACACCACAGAGGAGUGGCGCCCGAGUCACACCACAGAGGAGUGGCGCCCGAGUCACACCACAGAGGAGUGGCGCCCGAGUCACACCACAGAGGAGUGGCGCCCGAGUCACACCACAGAGGAGUGGCGCCCGAGUCACACCACAGAGGUUGGCGCCCGAGUCACACCACAGAGGAGUGGCGCCCGAGUCACACCACAGAGGAGUGGCGCCCGAGUCACACCACAGAGGAGUGGCGCCCGAGUCACACCACAGAGGAGUGGCGCCCGAGUCACACCACAGAGGAGUGGCGCCCGAGUCACACCACAGAGGAGUGGCGCCCGAGUCACACCACAGAGGAGUGGCGCCCGAGUCACACCACAGAGGAGUUGCGCCCGAGUCACACCACAGAGGUGUGGCGCCCGAGUCACACCACAGAGGAGUGGCGCCCGAGUCACACCACAGAGGAGUGGCGCCCGAGUCACACCACAGAGGAGUUGCGCCCGAGUCACACCACAGAGGUGUGGCGCCCGAGUCACACCACAGAGGAGUGGCGCCCGAGUCACACCACAGAGGAGUGGUCGCCCGAGUCACACCACAGAGGAGUGGCGCCCGAGUCACACCACAGAGGAGUGGCGCCCGAGUCACACCACAGAGGAGUGGCGCCCGAGUCACACCACAGGAGGAGUUGCGCCCGAGUCACACCACAGAGGAGUGGCGCCCGAGUCACACCACAGAGGAGUGGCGCCCGAGUCACACCACAGAGGAGUGGCGCCCGAGUCACACCACAGAGGAGUGGCGCCCGAGUCACACCACAGAGGAGUGGCGCCCGAGUCACACCACAGAGGAGUGGCGCCCGAGUCACACCACAGAGGAGUGGCGCCCGAGUCACACCACAGAGGAGUGGCGCCCGAGUCACACCACAGAGGAGUGGCGCCCGAGUCACACCACAGAGGAGUGGCGCCCGAGUCACACCACAGAGGAGUGGCGCCCGAGUCACACCACAGAGGUUUGGCGCCCGAGUCACACCACAGAGGAGUGGCGCCCGAGUCACACCACAGAGGAGUGGCGCCCGAGUCACACCACAGAGGAGUGGCGCCCGAGUCACACCACAGAGGAGUGGCGCCCGAGUCACACCACAGAGGAGUGGCGCCUGAGUCACACCACAGAGGAGUGGCGCCCGAGUCACACCACAGAGGAGUGGCGCCCGAGUCACACCACAGAGGAGUUGCGCCCGAGUCACACCACAGAGGUGUGGCGCCCGAGUCACACCACAGAGGAGUGGCGCCCGAGUCACACCACAGAGGAGUGGCGCCCGAGUCACACCACAGAGGAGUGGCGCCCGAGUCACACCACAGAGGAGUUGCGCCCGAGUCACACCACAGAGGUGUGGCGCCCGAGUCACACCACAGAGGAGUGGCGCCCGAGUCACACCACAGAGGAGUGGCGCCCCGAGUCACACCACAGAGGAGUUGCGCCCGAGUCACACCACAGAGAGGUGUGGCGCCCGAGUCACACCACAGAGGUGUGGCGCCCGAGUCACACCACACAGGAGUGGCGCCCGAGUCACACCACAGAGGAGUGGCGCCCGAGUCACACCACAGAGGAGUGGCGCCCGAGUCACACCACAGAGGAGUGGCGCCCGAGUCACACCACAGAGGAGUGGCGCCCGAGUCACACCACAGAGGAGUGGCGCCCGAGUCACACCACAGAGGUGUGGCGCCCGAGUCACACCACAGAGGAGUGGCGCCCUAGUCACACCACAGAGGAGUGGCGCCCGAGUCACACCACAGAGGAGUGGCGCCCGAGUCACACCACAGAGGAGUGGCGCCCGAGUCACACCACAGAGGUGUGGCGCCCGAGUCACACCACAGAGGAGUGGCGCCCGAGUCACACCACAGAGGAGUGGCGCCCGAGUCACACCACAGAGGAGUGGCGCCCGAGUCACACCACAGAGGAAGUGGCGCCCGAGUCACACCACAGAGGAGUGGCGCCCGAGUCACACCACAGAGGAGUGGCGCCCGAGUCACACCACAGAGGAGUGGCGCCCGAGUCACACCACAGAGGAGUGGCGCCGAGUCACACCACAGAGGAGUGGCGCCCGAGUCACACCACAGAGGAGUGGCGCCCGAGUCACACCACAGAGGAGUGGCGCCCGAGUCACACCACAGAGGAGUGGCGCCCGAGUCACACCACAGAGGAGUGGCGCCCGAGUCACACCACAGAGGAGUGGCGCCCGAGUCACACCACAGAGGAGUGGCGCCCGAGUCACACCACAGAGGAGUGGCGCCCGAGUCACACCACAGAGGAGUGGCGCCCGAGUCACACCACAGAGGAGUGGCGCCCGAGUCACACCACAGAGGAGUGGCGCCCGAGUCACACCACAGAGGAGUGGCGCCCGAGUCACACCACAGAGGAGUGGCGCCCGAGUCACACCACAGAGGAGUGGCGCCCGAGUCACACCACAGAGGAGUGGCGCCCGAGUCACACCACAGAGGAGUGGCGCCCGAGUCACACCACAGAGGAGUGGCGCCCGAGUCACACCACAGAGGAGUGGCGCCCGAGUCACACCACAGAGGAGUGGCGCCCGAGUCACACCACAGAGGAGUGGCGCCCGAGUCACACCACAGAGGAGUGGCGCCCGAGUCACACCACAGAGGAGUGGCGCCCCGAGUCACACCACAGAGGAGUGGCGCCCGAGUCACACCACAGAGGAGUGGCGCCCGAGUCACACACAGAGGAGUGGCGCCCGAGUCACACCACAGAGGUGUGGCGCCCGAGUCACACCACAGAGGAGUGGCGCCCUAGUCACACCACAGAGGAGUGGCGCCCGAGUCACACCACAGAGGAGUGGCGCCCGAGUCACACCACAGAGGUGUGGCGCCCGAGUCACACCACAGAGGAGUGGCGCCCGAGUCACACCACAGAGGAGUGGCGCCCGAGUCACACCACAGAGGAGUGGCGCCCGAGUCACACCACAGAGGAGUGGCGCCCGAGUCACACCACAGAGGAGUGGCACCCGAGUCACACCACAGAGGAGUGGCGCCCGAGUCACACCACAGAGGAGUGGCGCCCGAGUCACACCACAGAGGAGUGGCGCCCGAGUCACACCACAGAGGAGUGGCGCCCGAGUCACACCACAGAGGUUUGGCGCCCGAGUCACACCACAGAGGUUUGGCGCCCGAGUCACACCACAGAGGAGUGGCGCCCGAGUCACACCACAGAGGAGUGGCACCCGAGUCACACCACAGAGGAGUGGCGCCCGAGUCACACCACAGAGGAGUGGCGCCCGAGUCACACCACAGAGGAGUGGCGCCCGAGUCACACCACAGAGGAGUGGCGCCCGAGUCACACCACAGAGGUUUGGCGCCCGAGUCACACCACAGAGGAGUGGCGCCCGAGUCACACCACAGAGGAGUGGCGCCCGAGUCACACCACAGAGGAGUGGCGCCCGAGUCACACCACAGAGGAGUGGCGCCCGAGUCACACCACAGAGGAGUGGCGCCUGAGUCACACCACAGAGGAGUGGCGCCCGAGUCACACCACAGAGGAGUGGCGCCCGAGUCACACCACAGAGGAGUUGCGCCCGAGUCACACCACAGAGGUGUGGCGCCCGAGUCACACCACAGAGGAGUGGCGCCCGAGUCACACCACAGAGGAGUGGCGCCCGAGUCACACCACAGAGGAGUGGCGCCCGAGUCACACCACAGAGGAGUUGCGCCCGAGUCACACCACAGAGGUGUGGCGCCCGAGUCACACCACAGAGGAGUGGCGCCCGAGUCACACCACAGAGGAGUGGUGCCCGAGUCACACACAGAGGAGUGGCGCCCGAGUCACACCACAGAGGAGUGGCGCCCGAGUCACACUACAGAGGAGUGGCGCCCGAGUCACACCACAGAGGAGUUGCGCCCGAGUCACACCACAGAGGUGUGGCGCCCGAGUCACACCACAGAGGAGUGGCGCCCUACUCACACCACAGAGGAGUGGCGCCCGAGUCACACCACAGAGGAGUGGCGCCCGAGUCACACCACAGAGGAGUGGCGCCCGAGUCACACCACAGAGGAGUGGCGCCCGAGUCACACCACAGAGGAGUGGCGCCCGAGUCACACCACAGAGGAGUGGCGCCCGAGUCACACCACAGAGGAGUGGCGCCCGAGUCACACCACAAAGGAGUGGCGCCCGAGUCACACCACAGAGGAGUGGCGCCCGAGUCACACCACAGAGGUUUGGCGCCCGAGUCACACCACAGAGGAGUGGCGCCCGAGUCACACCACAGAGGAGUGGCGCCCGAGUCACACCACAGAGGAGUGGCGCCCGAGUCACACCACAGCGGAGUGGCGCCCGAGUCACACCACAGAGGAGUGGCGCCCGAGUCACACCACAGAGGAGUGGCGCCCGAGUCACACCUCAGAGGAGUGGCGCCCGAGUCACACACAGAGGAGUGGCGCCCGAGUCACACACAGAGGGGUGGCGCCCGAGUCACACCACAGAGGUGUGGCGCCCGAUUCACACCACAGAGGAGUGGCGCCCUAGUCACACCACAGAGGAGUGGCGCCCGAGUCACACCACAGAGGAGUGGUGCCCGAGUCACACCACAGAGGUGUGGCGCCCGAGUCACACCACAGAGGAGUGGCGCCCGAGUCACACCACAGAGGUUUGGCGCCCGAGUCACACCACAGAGGAGUGGCGCCCGAGUCACACCACAGAGGAGUGGCGCCCGAGUCACACCACAGAGGAGUGGCACCCGAGUCACACCACAGAGGAGUGGCGCCCGAGUCACACCACAGAGGAGUGGCGCCCGAGUCACACCACAGAGGAGUGGCGCCCGAGUCACACCACAGAGGAGUGGCGCCCGAGUCACACCACAGAGGUUUGGCGCCCGAGUCACACCACAGAGGAGUGGCGCCCGAGUCACACCACAGAGGAGUGGCACCCGAGUCACACCACAGAGGAGUGGCGCCCGAGUCACACCACAGAGGAGUGGCGCCCGAGUCACACCACAGAGGAGUGGCGCCCGAGUCACACCACAGAGGAGUGGCGCCCGAGUCACACCACAGAGGUUUGGCGCCCGAGUCACACCACAGAGGAGUGGCGCCCGAGUCACACCACAGAGGAGUGGCGCCCGAGUCACACCACAGAGGAGUGGCGCCCGAGUCACACCACAGAGGAGUGGCGCCCGAGUCACACCACAGAGGAGUGGCGCCUGAGUCACACCACAGAGGAGUGGCGCCCGAGUCACACCACAGAGGAGUGGCGCCCGAGUCACACCACAGAGGAGUUGCGCCCGAGUCACACCACAGAGGUGUGGCGCCCGAGUCACACCACAGAGGAGUGGCGCCCGAGUCACACCACAGAGGAGUGGCGCCCGAGUCACACCACAGAGGAGUGGCGCCCGAGUCACACCACAGAGGAGUUGCGCCCGAGUCACACCACAGAGUCACACCACAGAGGAGUGGCGCCCGAGUCACACUACAGAGGAGUGGCGCCCGAGUCACACCACAGAGGAGUUGCGCCCGAGUCACACCACAGAGGUGUGGCGCCCGAGUCACACCACAGAGGAGUGGCGCCCUACUCACACCACAGAGGAGUGGCGCCCGAGUCACACCACAGAGGAGUGGCGCCCGAGUCACACCACAGAGGAGUGGCGCCCGAGUCACACCACAGAGGAGUGGCGCCCGAGUCACACCACAGAGGAGUGGCGCCCGAGUCACACCACAGAGGAGUGGCGCCCGAGUCACACCACAGAGGAGUGGCGCCCGAGUCACACCACAGAGGAGUGGCGCCCGAGUCACACCACAGAGGUUUGGCGCCCGAGUCACACCACAGAGGAGUGGCGCCCGAGUCACACCACAGAGGAGUGGCGCCCGAGUCACACCACAGAGGAGUGGCGCCCGAGUCACACCACAGAGGAGUGGCGCCCGAGUCACACCACAGAGGAGUGGCGCCUGAGUCACACCACAGAGGAGUGGCGCCCGAGUCACACCACAGAGGAGUGGCGCCCGAGUCACACCACAGAGGAGUUGCGCCCGAGUCACACCACAGAGGUGUGGCGCCCGAGUCACACCACAGAGGAGUGGCGCCCGAGUCACACCACAGAGGAGUGGGGCCCGAGUCACACCACAGAGGAGUGGCGCCCGAGUCACACCACAGAGGAGUUGCGCCCGAGUCACACCACAGAGGUGUGGCGCCCGAGUCACACCACAGAGGAGUGGCGCCCGAGUCACACCACAGAGGAGUGGUGCCCGAGUCACACACAGAGGAGUGGCGCCCGAGUCACACCACAGAGGAGUGGCGCCCGAGUCACACUACAGAGGAGUGGCGCCCGAGUCACACCACAGAGGAGUUGCGCCCGAGUCACACCACAGAGGUGUGGCGCCCGAGUCACACCACAGAGGAGUGGCGCCCUAGUCACACCACAGAGGAGUGGCGCCCGAGUCACACCACAGAGGAGUGGCGCCCGAGUCACACCACAGAGGAGUGGCGCCCGAGUCACACCACAGAGGAGUGGCGCCCGAGUCACACCACAGAGGAGUGGCGCCCGAGUCACACCACAGAGGAGUGGCGCCCGAGUCACACCACAGAGGAGUGGCGCCCGAGUCACACCACAGAGGAGUGGCGCCCGAGUCACACCACAGAGGUUUGGCGCCCGAGUCACACCACAGAGGAGUGGCGCCCGAGUCACACCACAGAGGAGUGGCGCCCGAGUCACACCACAGAGGAGUGGCGCCCGAGUCACACCACAGAGGAGUGGCGCCCGAGUCACACCACAGAGGAGUGGCGCCCGAGUCACACCACAGAGGAGUGGCGCCCGAGUCACACCACAGAGGAGUGGCGCCCGAGUCACACCACAGAGGAGUUGCGCCCGAGUCACACCACAGAGGUGUGGCGCCCGAGUCACACCACAGAGGAGUGGCGCCCGAGUCACACCACAGAGGAGUGGCGCCCGAGUCACACCACAGAGGAGUGGCGCCCGAGUCACACCACAGAGGAGUGGCGCCCGAGUCACACCACAGAGGAGUGGCGCCCGAGUCACACCACAGAGGAGUGGCGCCUGAGUCACACCACAGAGGAGUGGCGCCCGAGUCACACCACAGAGGAGUGGCGCCCGAGUCACACCACAGAGGAGUUGCGCCCGAGUCACACCACAGAGGUGUGGCGCCCGAGUCACACCACAGAGGAGUGGCGCCCGAGUCACACCACAGAGGAGUGGCGCCCGAGUCACACCACAGAGGAGUGGCGCCCGAGUCACACCACAGAGGAGUUGCGCCCGAGUCACACCACAGAGGUGUGGCGCCCGAGUCACACCACAGAGGAGUGGCGCCCGAGUCACACCACAGAGGAGUGGUGCCCGAGUCACACACAGAGGAGUGGCGCCCGAGUCACACCACAGAGGAGUGGCGCCCGAGUCACACUACAGAGGAGUGGCGCCCGAUCACACCACAGAGGAGUGGCGCCCGAGUCACACCACAGAGGAGUGGCGCCCGAGUCACACCACAGAGGAGUGGCGCCCGAGUCACACCACAGAGGAGUGGCGCCCGAGUCACACCACAGAGGAGUGGCGCCCGAGUCACACCACAGAGGAGUGGCGCCCGAGUCACACCACAGAGGAGUGGCGCCUGAGUCACACCACAGAGGAGUGGCGCCCGAGUCACACCACAGAGGUUUGGCGCCCGAGUCACACCACAGAGGAGUGGCGCCCGAGUCACACCACAGAGGAGUGGCGCCCGAGUCACACCACAGAGGAGUGGCGCCCGAGUCACACCACAGAGGAGUGGCGCCCAAGUCACACCACAGAGGAGUGGCGCCCGAGUCACACCACAGAGGAGUGGCGCCCGAGUCACACCACAGAGGAGUGGCGCCCGAGUCACACCACAGAGGAGUUGCGCCCGAGUCACACCACAGAGGUGUGGCGCCCGAGUCACACCACAGAGGAGUGGCGCCCGAGUCACACCACAGAGGAGUGGCGCCCGAGUCACACCACAGAGGAGUGGCGCCCGAGUCACACCACAGAGGAGUUGCGCCCGAGUCACACCACAGAGGUGUGGCGCCCGAGUCACACCACAGAGGAGUGGCGCCCGAGUCACACCACAGAGGAGUGGUGCCCGAGUCACACACAGAGGAGUGGCGCCCGAGUCACACCACAGAGGAGUGGCGCCCGAGUCACACUACAGAGGAGUGGCGCCCGAGUCACACCACAGAGGAGUUGCGCCCGAGUCACACCACAAAGGUGUGGCGCCCGAGUCACACCACAGAGGAGUGGCGCCCUAGUCACACCACAGAGGAGUGGCGCCCGAGUCACACCACACAGGAGUGGUGCCCGAGUCACACCACAGAGGUGUGGCGCCCGAGUCACACCACAGAGGUGUGGCGCCCGAGUCACACCACACAGGAGUGGCGCCCGAGUCACACCACAGAGGAGUGGCGCCCGAGUCACACCACAGAGGAGUGGCGCCCGAGUCACACCACAGAGGAGUGGCGCCCGAGUCACACCACAGAGGAGUGGCGCCCGAGUCACACCACAGAGGAGUGGCGCCCGAGUCACACCACAGAGGUGUGGCGCCCGAGUCACACCACAGAGAAGUGGCGCCCUAGUCACACCACAGAGGAGUGGCGCCCGAGUCACACCACAGAGGAGUGGUGCCCGAGUCACACCACAGAGGUGUGGCGCCCGAGUCACACCACAGAGGUGUGGCGCCCAAGUCACACCACAGAGGAGUGGCGCCCGAGUCACACCACAGAGGAGUGGCGCCCGAGUCACACCACAGAGGAGUGGCGCCCGAGUCACACCACAGAGGAGUGGCGCCCGAGUCACACCACAGAGGAGUGGCGCCCGAGUCACACCACAGAGGAGUGGCGCCCGAGUCACACCACAGAGGAGUGGCGCCCGAGUCACACCACAGAGGAGUGGCGCCCGAGUCACACCACAGAGGAGUGGCGCCCGAGUCACACCACAGAGGAGUGGCGCCCGAGUCACACCACAGAGGAGUGGCGCCCGAGUCACACCACAGAGGAGUGGCGCCCGAGUCACACCACAGAGGAGUGGCGCCCGAGUCACACCACAGAGGAGUGGCGCCCGAGUCACACCACAGAGGAGUGGCGCCCGAGUCACACCACAGAGGAGUGGCGCCCGAGUCACACCACAGAGGAGUGGCGCCCGAGUCACACCACAGCGGAGUGGCGCCCGAGUCACACCACAGAGGAGUGGCGCCCGAGUCACACCACAGAGGAGUGGCGCCCGAGUCACACCUCAGAGGAGUGGCGCCCGAGUCACACACAGAGGAGUGGCGCCCGAGUCACACACAGAGGGGUGGCGCCCGAGUCACACACAGAGGAAGGAGUGGCGCCCGAGUCACACCACAGAGGAGUGGCGCCCGAGUCACACACAGAGGAGUGGCGCCCGAGUCACACCACAGAGGAGUGGCGCCCGAGUCACACCACAGAGGAGUGGCGCCCGAGUCACACCACAGAGGAGUGGCGCCCGAGUCACACCACAGAGGAGUUGCGCCCGAGUCACACCACAGAGGUGUGGCGCCCGAGUCACACCACAGAGGAGUGGCGCCCGAGUCACACCACAGAGGAGUGGCGCCCGACUCACACCACAGAGGAGUGGCGCCCGAGUCACACACAGAGGAGUGGCGCCCGAGUCACACCACAGAGGAGUGGCGCCCGAGUCACACACAGAGGAGUGGCGCCCGAGUCACACCACAGAGGAGUGGCGCCCGAGUCACACCACAGAGGAGUGGCGCCCGAGUCACACCACACAGGUUUGGCGCCCGAGUCACACCACAGAGGAGUGGCGCCCGAGUCACACCACAGAGGAGUGGCGCCCGAGUCACACCACAGAGGAGUGGCGCCCGAGUCACACCACAGAGGAGUGGCGCCCGAGUCACACCACAGAGGAGUGGCGCCUGAGUCACACCACAGAGGAGUGGCGCCCGAGUCACACCACAGAGGAGUGGCGCCUGAGUCACACCACAGAGGAGUGGCGCCCGAGUCACACCACAGAGGUGUGGCGCCCGAGUCACACCACAGAGGAGUGGCGCCCGAGUCACACCACAGAGGAGUGGCGCCCGAGUCACACCACAGAGGAGUGGCGCCCGAGUCACACCACAGAGGAGUUGCGCCCGAGUCACACCACAGAGGUGUGGCGCCCGAGUCACACCACAGAGGAGUGGCGCCCGAGUCACACCACAGAGGAGUGGUGCCCGAGUCACACACAGAGGAGUGGCGCCCGAGUCUCACCACAGAGGAGUGGCGCCCGAGUCACACUACAGAGGAGUGGCGCCCGAGUCACACCACAGAGGAGUUGCGCCCGAGUCACACCACAGAGUCACACCACAGAGGAGUGGCGCCCGAGUCACACCACAGAAGAGUGGCGCCCGAGUCACACCACAGAGGAGUGGCGCCCGAGUCACACCACAGAGGAGUGGCGCCCGAGUCACACCACAGAGGAGUGGCGCCCGAGUCACACCACAGAGGAGUGGCGCCCGAGUCACACCACAGAGGAGUGGCGCCCGAGUCACACCACAGAGGUUUGGCGCCCGAGUCACACCACAGAGGAGUGGCGCCCGAGUCACACCACAGAGGAGUGGCGCCCGAGUCACACCACAGAGGAGUGGCGCCCGAGUCACACCACAGAGGAGUGGCGCCCGAGUCACACCACAGAGGAGUGGCGCCCGAGUCACACCACAGAGGAGUGGCGCCCGAGUCACACCACAGAGGAGUGGCGCCCGAGUCACACCACAGAGGAGUUGCGCCCGAGUCACACCACAGAGGUGUGGCGCCCGAGUCACACCACAGAGGAGUGGCGCCCGAGUCACACCACAGAGGAGUGGCGCCCGAGUCACACCACAGAGGAGUGGCGCCCGAGUCACACCACAGAGGAGUUGCGCCCGAGUCACACCACAGAGGUGUGGCGCCCGAGUCACACCACAGAGGAGUGGCGCCCGAGUCACACCACAGAGGAGUGGUGCCCGAGUCACACACAGAGGAGUGGCGCCCGAGUCACACCACAGAGGAGUGGCGCCCGAGUCACACUACAGAGGAGUGGCGCCCGAGUCACACCACAGAGGAGUUGCGCCCGAGUCACACCACAGAGGUGUGGCGCCCGAGUCACACCACAGAGGAGUGGCGCCCUAGUCACACCACAGAGGAGUGGCGCCCGAGUCACACCACACAGGAGUGGUGCCCGAGUCACACCACAGAGGUGUGGCGCCCGAGUCACACCACAGAGGUGUGGCGCCCGAGUCACACCACACAGGAGUGGCGCCCGAGUCACACCACAGAGGAGUGGCGCCCGAGUCACACCACAGAGGAGUGGCGCCCGAGUCACACCACAGAGGAGUGGCGCCCGAGUCACACCACAGAGGAGUGGCGCCCGAGUCACACCACAGAGGAGUGGCGCCCGAGUCACACCACAGAGGUGUGGCGCCCGAGUCACACCACAGAGGAGUGGCGCCCUAGUCACACCACAGAGGAGUGGCGCCCGAGUCACACCGAAGAGGAGUGGCGCCCGAGUCACACCGCAGAGGAGUGGCGCCCGAGUCAAACCACAGAGGAGUGGCGCUUGAGUCACACCGCAGAGGAGUGGCGCCCGAGUCACACCACAGAGGAGUGGCACCCAAGUCACACGCAGAGGAGUGGCUCCCAACUCACACCACAGAGGAGUGGCGCCCGAGUCACACCACAGAGGAGUGGCGCCCGAGUCACACCACAGAGGAGUGGCGCCCGAGUCACACCACAGAGGAGUGGCGCCCGAGUCACACCGCAGAGGAGUGGCGCCCGAGUCACACCACAGAGGAGUGGCGCCCGAGUCACACCUCAGAGGAGUGGCGCCCGAGGCACACACAGAGGAGUGGCGCCUGAGUCACACACAGAGGGGUGGCGCCCGAGUCACACCACAGAGGAGUGGCGCCCGAGUCACACACAGAGGAGUGGCGCCCGAGUCACACCACAGAGGAGUGGCGCCCGAGUCACACACGGAGGAGUGGCGCCCGAGUCACACCACAGAGGAGUGGCGCCCGAGUCACACCACAGAGGAGUGGCGCCCGAGUCACACCACAGAGGAGUGGCGCCCGAGUCACACCACAGAGGAGUUGCGCCCAAGUCACACCACAGAGGUGUGGCGCCCGAGUCACACCACAGAGGAGUGGCGCCCGAGUCACACCACGGAGGAGUGGCGCCCGAGUCACACCACAGAGGAGUGGCGCCCGAGUCACACACAGAGGAGUGGCGCCCGAGUCACACCACAGAGGAGUGGCGCCCGAGUCACACCACAGAGGAGUGGCGCCCGAGUCACACCACAGAGGAGUGGCGCCCGAGUCACACCACAGAGGAGUGGCGCCCGAGUCACACCACAGAGGAGUGGCGCCCGAGUCACACCACAGAGGAGUUGCGUCCGAGUCACACCACAAAGGUGUGGCGCCCGAGUCACACCACAGAGGAGUGGCGCCCAAGUCACACCACAGAGGAGUGGCGCCCGAGUCACACCACAGAGGAGUGGCGCCCGAGUCACACACAGAGGAGUGGCGCCCGAGUCACACCACAGAGGAGUGGCGCCCGAGUCACACCACAGAGGAGUGGCGCCCGAGUCACACCACAGAGGAGUUGCGCCCGAGUCACACCACAGAGAGGGGUGGCGCCCGAGUCACACCACAGAGGAGUGGCGCCCGAGUCACACACAGAGGAGUGGCGCCCGAGUCACACACAGAGGAGUGGCGCCCGAGUCACACACAGAGGAGUGGCGCCCGAGUCACACCACAGAGGAGUGGCGCCCGAGUCACACCACAGAGGAGUGGCGCCCGAGUCACACCACAGAGGAGUGGCGCCCGAGUCACACACAGAGGAGUGGCGCCCGAGUCACACCACAGAGGAGUGGCGCCCGAGUCACACCACAGAGGAGUGGCGCCCGAGUCACACCACAGAGGAGUGGCGCCCGAGUCACACCACAGAGGAGUUGCGCCUGAGUCACACCACAGAGGUGUGGCGCCCGAGUCACACCACAGAGGAGUGGCGCCCGAGUCACACCACAGAGGAGUGGCGCCUGAGUCACACACAGAGGAGUGGCGCCCGAGUCACACCACAGAGGAGUGGCGCCCGAGUCACACACAGAGGAGUGGCGCCCGAGUCACACCACAGAGGAGUGGCGCCCGAGUCACACACAGAGGAGUGGCGCCCUAGUCACACCACAGAGGAGUGGCGCCCGAGUCACACCACAGAGGAGUGGCGCCCGAGUCACACCACAGAGGAGUGGCGCCCGAGUCACACCACAGAGGAGUUGCGCCCGAGUCACACCACAGAGGUGUGGCGCCCGAGUCACACCACAGAGGAGUGGCGCCCGAGUCACACCACAGAGGAGUGGCGCCCGAGUCACACCACAGAGGAGUGGCGCUCGAGUCACACACAGAGGAGUGGCGCCCGAGUCACACCACAGAGGAGUGGCGCCCGAGUCACACACAGAGGAGUGGCGCCCGAGUCACACCACAGAGGAGUGGCGCCCGAGUCACACCACAGAGGAGUGGCGCCCGAGUCACACCACAGAGGAGUGGCGCCCGAGUCACACCACAGAGGAGUUGCGUCCGAGUCACACCACAAAGGUGUGGCGCCCGAGUCACACCACAGAGGAGUGGCGCCCGAGUCACACCACAGAGGAGUGGCGCCCGAGUCACACCACAGAGAAGUGGCGCCCGAGUCACACACAGAGGAGUGGCGCCCGAGUCACACCACAGAGGAGUGGCGCCCGAGUCACACCACAGAGGAGUGGCGCCCGAGUCACACCACAGAGGAGUGGCGCCCGAGUCACACCACAGAGGAGUUGCGCCCGAGUCACACCACAGAGGUGUGGCGCCCGAGUCACACCACAGAGGAGUGGCGCCCGAGUCACACCACAGAGGAGUGGCGCCCGAGUCACACCACAGAGGAGUGGCGCCCGAGUCACACACAGAGGAGUGGCGCCCGAGUCACACCACAGAGGAGUGGCGCCCGAGUCACACACAGAGGAGUGGCGCCCGAGUCACACCACAGAGGAGUGGCGCCCGAGUCACACCACAGAGGAGUGGCGCCCGAGUCACACCACAGAGGAGUGGCGCCCGAGUCACACCACAGAGGAGUUGCGUCCGAGUCACACCACAAAGGUGUGGCGCCCGAGUCACACCACAGAGGAGUGGCGCCCGAGUCACACCACAGAGGAGUGGCGCCCGAGUCACACCACAGAGGAGUGGCGCCCGAGUCACACACAGAGGAGUGGCGCCCGAGUCACACCACAGAGGAGUGGCGCCCGAGUCACACCACAGAGGAGUGGCGCCCGAGUCACACCACAGAGGAGUGGCGCCCGAGUCACACCACAGAGGAGUUGCGCCUGAGUCACACCACAGAGUCACACCACAGAGGAGUGGCGCCCGAGUCACACUACAGAGGAGUGGCGCCCGAGUCACACCACAGAGGAGUUGCGCCCGAGUCACACCACAGAGGUGUGGCGCCCGAGUCACACCACAGAGGAGUGGCGCCCGAGUCACACCACAGAGGAGUGGCGCGCGAGUCACACCACAGAGGAGUGGUGCCCGAGUCACUCCACAGAGGUGUGGCGCCCGAGUCACACCACAGAGGUGUGGCGCCCGAGUCACACCACAGAGGAGUGGCGCCCGAGUCACACCACAGAGGAGUGGCGCCCGAGUCACACCACAGAGGAGUGGCGCCCGAGUCACACCACAGAGGAGUGGCGCCCGAGUCACACCAUACAGGAGUGGCGCCCGAGUCACACCACAGAGGAGUGGCGCCCGAGUCACACCACAGAGGAGUGGCGCCCGAGUCACACCGAAGAGGAGUGGCGCCCGAGUCACACCGCAGAGGAGUGGCGCCCGAGUCACACCACAGAGGAGUGGCGCCCGAGUCACACCUCAGAGGAGUGGCGCCCGAGUCACACACAGAGGAGUGGCGCCCGAGUCACACAAAGAGGGGUGGCGCCCGAGUCACAACACAGAGGAGUGGCGCCCGAGUCACACACAGAGGAGUGGCGCCCGAGUCACACCACAGAGGAGUGGCGCCCGAGUCACACCACAGAGGAGUGGCGCCCGAGUCACACCACAGAGGAGUUGCGCCCGAGUCACACCACAGAGGUGUGGCGCCCGAGUCACACCACAGAGGAGUGGCGCCCGAGUCACACCACAGAGGAGUGGCGCCUGAGUCACACACAGAGGAGUGGCGCCCGAGUCACACCACAGAGGAGUGGCGCCCGAGUCACACUACAAAGGAGUGGCGCCCGAGUCACACCACAGAGGAGUUGCGCCCGAGUCACACCACUGAGGUGUGGCGCCCGAGUCACACCACAGAGGAGUGGCGCCCGAGUCACACCACAGAGGAGUGGCGCCCGAGUCACACCACAGAGGAGUGGCACCCGAGUCACACCACAGAGGAGUGGCGCCCGAGUCACACCACAGAGGUUUGGCGCCCGAGUCACACCACAGAUGAGUGGCGCCCGAGUCACACCACAGAGGAGUGGCGCCCGAGUCACACCACAGAGGAGUGGCGCCCGAGUCACACCACAGAGGAGUGGCGCCCGAGUCACACCACAGAGGAGUGGCGCCCGAGUCACACCACAGAGGAGUGGCGCCCGAGUCACACCACAGAGGAGUGGCGCCCGAGUCACACCACAGAGGAGUGGCGCCCGAGUCACACCACAGAGGAGUGGCGCCCGAGUCACACCACAGAGGAGUGGCGCCCGAGUCACACCACAGAGGACUGA